UCACCUUUCCCUGAGGUCGCCACACACAACAUGGCGUCGAGCGGAACACCGAGAGGAGGAAUGAGGCCUUCUGGAAGAUCUCCGCCUUUUGUCAUAAUUGGACUGUUUGUAGUGAUUGCAAUUUUAGCAUUCAACUACUGGAGUGUCUCUUCACGCAACAGUGAACUUUUGAGAGAAGUUUCUGAUCUCUCUAUGAAAUUAAGACUAGCGACUCAGAACAAGUUGAGCAUUGAAAAACGGGCGGAGGCCUUAUUGAGCCAAAUGAAAGAAAAUGAAGACAAUCUCAAAGUAGUUCAGAAAGAAUCGAGCCAGAAACUUGUAGAGAACAACGAUCUGAGUACGCAGAUUAGUCAUUUAAAGGAUGAAAUUGAUAAACACAAGCAAGAAACGGGUACAUGUAGAGAUGAAGUGUCAGUAUGCAGAAGCAAUUUGACCACCGUUGCAAAUGCUAUGGAAAAACUACUUGGUGACUAUAAGCAGACAUUAGGUGAACUGGAGCAAGCAAAAGAUAAGGCGAGAACAGCUGUAUCACAAAGCACUAACUGUGAAGAGCCUCUACAGCGACAGAGGAAAAAGUUCCAGGAUGUAAUCACCAGGGACUAUGGUUCCCCAAUCUGGCAGAGAAUUGAAAGUUUGCUCCAAGGACAGCAAUUGCCUGAUCCACAAAAUCUCCCCAAUGCUCAGCAAGGCCAACCACAGCAGCAAUCUGCUGGUCAGUUUGAUAACCAGCAACAAGGGAACAAUCCAGCAGCACAGCAGCAAGGUGGCCAGUUUCCACAGCAAGGUGGACAGGUUGGCCAGUUUCAGCCACUUGAACAACAGCAGGGGAAUGGACAGCAGCCAGCUCAGGAUCUGUCUGGUCAGAAUGUGCAGGGACAGUUCCAGCAAAACCAAGGCCAAUUGACACAGCAACCUCAACAACAGCAACAACAACAACAACAACAGCAGCAAGGUUUAAAUGGGAAUUUACCAUCUCAGCAAGGCUAUCAGGAUGGUGAAACUGGUCAGGAAUUACCUUGGGAAGUUAGUGGAACAUAUAACAGUAAUAGUCAGGGAAUUCGUCAUGGUGGUAAUAAUCUUGGUGGUCAGGAGUCAUCUGGGUCUUAUUUGGCUGCUAAUACUUCCCCUUUCAAGCAUUUUGUUGUACCUGGUCAGCAUUCUCCACCUCAAAACCAUCUCAAUUCUCCACCAGGAGCAGGACAGCCCUAUGUUUAUCAGAAUCCCCAAGGUGGUUAUGAGUCACCAGGUGCAAAUGCAAACUACGUCGUUAACCCAAUGGGAAGACAGCAGCCAGGAACUGUGGGGCUUCCAGCAGAAUUUGGCCAACCUGUUGAAACUGCUUAUCAGGCUGUUUCCAGGACUGGUGACAUUGACAGUGGCCAGGGUCUGGCCCCCAUUUUACAGCAGCCUGUUGAAUCGAAUGCCAUUCCCCCAAACACUGUCCACUCAGCGCUAGAGUUCAAUGCUGCCAAUGGUAACAUGGCGUCCCCUAUAAUUGAGAACAACCCACCUGGAUCUGAAGGUGUUUUGCCAUACCCUCAGAGUGGAGAUGCCAACCCCCCUGGGAGUUCUUUCAGCAAUGAAAUCAAUGCACCUUUGGAAUCUGCCCUGAAACCUCCAGUUGUUGGUCAACCAGACGAAGAAAGCACUAGCAGUCACACAGACCAGCCUCAAGAAUUUGAUACAUCUUCCGACGACAGUGAUAUUCAAACAACAACAGGUAGUUCCAUAUCUGUGUCCCAAGGUGGUGGUCCUAUAUCAAACAGCAACAGGACUGACAAUAACAAUAGGACUUCCAGUGUAGAUAAUCAGAAUUCCCAUGUGGGUGAAGGGAAAAAUGAUACAUAUACAGGCAACUCUCCACACUCUCAGAAUGUGUCUGUACAGACAGGGGGAGCCAGAAAUAAGACAAAAAGUGUAAACACUCCAGAAGAGAGUAAAGCAGAUGGUGAACAGGCACCAGGCGUAACAGAAAGUGUUGGUCAGGGACAAGCACCAGCUGGUUCCCAGGGACAGGUUGAAGCUGGCAAUAGAAUACAAACUUUAGAUGGUACUAUAGGGCAAGCUACAGCUGGCGGUAUGGGACAGGCACCAGAUGGCAGUAAGGAACAGGCACCAGAUGGCAAUAUGGGACAGGCACCAGUGGGCAAUAUGGGACAGGCACCAGGUGGCAGUGUGGGACAGGCACCAGGAGGCAAUGUGGGUCAGGCACCAGGGGGCAAUGUGGGACCAGCACCAGGUGGCAGUGUGGGACAGGCUCAAGGUGGUAACAUGAAACAAGCACCAGUUGGCAAUAUGGGACAGCCACCAGCAGGUCAUGAAAAGGAUAAGUUUGAAGAAGAAAUUGAUAACCAUUCAAAAGAAGAUGAAAAUCAAGAUUUGAAAUUCAAACAGAACCCCAAUGAUAUUCCACCAGGAGUAGAUAUUAAAGCUGCUGAGGACAGUAUAGACGAGAUGAAGAGAAACAUGGAGGGAGGACCUGCACAGUAGAAUUCAGAAUGCAUUCAUCUCACAUUUUUUUAAGGCUUUAGGGCAAAAAUUUUGACUGCUUUUUUUUAUUCUCCAAAAAUUAAACAUGUGGCAGAUACAUUUGUCAUUAACUCAAUGGAUGUUUAUACAGUACCAAAUUGGCAAUCAUACUUUUCCUAAUGAUUUAGCUAAUUUAACUUGAGCUUGAGAAUAUAAUGUUAUAUAUAUUGUUAUAUACAUAUAUAUUGCUCAAGCUCAAAUUACGUUGGCAUUCUUGAAAACCUAAGCCAUAUGGUUUCAGUCUUUGGUUGCGCAUUUCAAAUUUUCAGUGUAGCCAUUUGAACUGAUAAUAGUGCACAUUUUUUCUCUUGAAAUUUAAGUAUUGUAAAUAAAUCGGGGGGUUUAAAGGAGUUUAUUUUUAUAUCACUGUCAGAUACUUUUGUUAUGCUUUAGUUGUAUGAAAUAUGUUAGUACUUUAUCUCGAGGCAAUAGGUAGUUGAUAGCAGCACAUAUUGUACUUAGCAUAUAUGGGGAUACUGAAUUCUUUUUUGUUUUGACAGGGAAAAAAUGCUGUAUUGGGCCUUUUCAUUUUACCUGUUAUAGGUGGUAAAAUGUGAAUAGCGGUAAUAUGGUCUUUGCUUUAACAUUCCAUUAUAUUGUGGUGCAGUUGUGAUAAAUAUCAUGAUCCAGACUACAUAGUAAUUUGGGAUAACAUGUUCUGUGAUAUUUGCACAAUCAUCAAAAAUGAUAUUUUACAUUAAAUAUUUACUAUGAUGAGGGAGUUAAAGGUAUUCGGUAGUUGCAGCCAAUGGCUCAAAUAUAAAGAGAAUAGUUGUGUAAAAAGGUCCUUUUUGUUUGUGGAUGGAAAUGUUGGGGUUUUAAGUGAAUGGACACUUAUUUGAUUCAUUUAAAGGUUGUUUCUUUUGCUUUUAUUUUAUUUUUGUCCUAGGUUAAUGAAAAAAGACAAGGAGAAAGGUCAUUAUUUUCAUUUAGUUUAUUAUGAUCUUCUUGUCUCUUUCUUCUCUCCCUUGCUCUCCACAAAUCUUGCAGAAAUAUCUUUUCAAGUUGCCAUAAUGUAUAUUUUACUGUUUAAUGCUAAUCGGCUUAGUGUGUUUUUGUUUUUGUGCAGUUGCUUUGGAAGUCUUUGUCAGCUUUUUAUGAGCAUUUAGACGUCUCUGUCGUUAAAGUUGGAAUAGUUUUAAAGAGCAUUUAUGUAUGAUUACACUGGUAGCAUUCAACUCAGAGUUUUUAAUUGCAAACCAAUGCAUUCCCUGGUGUUUGCAUUUGUUUUCAGAGAACAUUUUAUAAAUCGAAGCAAAGGAAAUAGGCUCACAUCUCUUCAAGCUAGUAUUGGAUAUGUUCUUUUUGCAAAUUUUCUUGUCUUUUAAAUGAAUAUACUUGUAUAUUAUAAUUUUUUUUUUUGGUAGAUCAGACAACCAUAGCUUCAAAAUGAUUAUUUUUGAAGAGGGAGUGGUAUCUUUUUGUAUAAAAACUGCCUUCAAAUAAAAAUAUGGGAAGAA